UCAUGUUAAAUCCGGUUUCAGGACUCUCUGUUGGUCAUGUUGCUUAUUCUUGUAUACAUUUCAUAGUUCUUUCAUGUUCCAGCACAGAGUCCUGUUCAUAGUUGUCUCAGUCACCUUGUCAUUGCCUUCCUAGUUCUCUCAGUUAAAGCUCAGUUUUCCCAGUUUAGUUUCUAGUUUAGUUUUUGCCUAUGUGCUUACUGCUUUGUUUGCAAACCUUAAAUACGACAAAAUAAAGGCUUGCUUUUUGUUUCAGGUUCAGUGCUGUCUGUUCUUUCAUCUUUCAUCUCUACAUCUUUCAGUCUCUACCAUGCUGUCAUGGAUGGCGUCUCUCAACGUGCUCCUGUCUUUGUGUUUGAUUUCUGCAUCUACCGUUCUUCAGCAGGAUGUUCAGGCAAACCUUGGAGAUGAUGUCACUCUUCAAUGUCAGAUUACCACAGAUGAAAUAAUCUCAGUGCUGAAGUGGAGCAGAGCUGACCUGAUCACAGACGGCUACGUCUACUUCUACAGGAACAAACGCUCCUAUGAAAACUACCAACAUCCAUCUUUUCAUGGCCGAGUGAAGCUGAGGGACCCGGAGAUGAAGGAUGGAGACGUUUCUCUGAUCCUGAAGAACGUUACGUUUAAUGACACUGGGAUUUAUGAGUGUCAUGUAGCAGUGAGGAACGCUGUGAGAAGUAAAAGAGCUCACACAGAGAUCAGUCACUUCAUUGACCUCACAGUCACAGGCGAAACACAUGAAAGUGUGUGGGAGCUGGAUGGUGUGAAAGAAGAAGAGGCACAGAGAGAUGUGUAUGAUGUAUCAGAGGUGGAAACUUCAACCACCUUGAAAGUCGUUCUUGCCGUUGUUGCUGCUGCUGUCGGUGUCGCUGUUCUUGGUUUUGCGGCACUUUGGAGAUUUAAAAGAAGCAAGAGACACCUCACUGAGGCGGACAACCAGCCGGGGGUGUGAAACCUCCUGUUAUCACCACAGCAGCGAUCUGGUGUCUCUGCAGGAUCAAUAACCUUUGUCUCACUGGGUCUUCUUUUGCUCGUGUGGUUGUGUUGGUAAAGCACAAAGAACAAAAAGAAACUUCACCUCAGGACUGAGUGUUUCCCUGUAAGCUUUAUACAGCUAUCUGUUUCACUGUGAAGUACAAAUAGCAUCAUUUAAUACCUCAAUAUUAACGCAUUACAUGUUGUAGAUCAUUUGGUUAAAUGAUCACUCCGCAAUGUUUGUCUGUUGAGAGCUGCUGUACCUACAUCUCUUACAAACUACCUCCAACGCUUCAGUGACUGGGAUGCAACUGAAGAGAGAUGAAACAUCGCACAAGACCAUGGUUUCAUUUGCCUUCAUAAUGACUUCUCUCACCUUCUCAACAAAAUCCAACGUGUGGUGUUCAGAGCUGCCAACCAACAGGUUGAGGAUCGAGGCAGAAACUUAGAGAUGUGACGAGUUGAUCAUACAGACACCUACAUAAAAGUAUGCCCCGUUUAUGUAUCUUCUGUAAACCAUACAGUCCUGGUGUAAGUCUGAUGUCAUUAGCUGUUUAAGGGUCCAAACUCUGCUUCAGGUCCCAAAGUCAAACAAACACUGCAGCAUCCUUGUGAGUUAAAAACUGUCUAAAUUCUUUCAUCCUUAAUAAAAUGAUCAGUGUUGCUGCUUUACCAGGUGUAACAAUUGAGUUUAACAUCCAGGCAUCUAUGAAAACAGAAUUUAUUAAAUUUCUCAGUCAGAUAAUGGUUAAUCAUGUUUAGGUGGAGACGAAUGAGCUAACUCCCUGCUAACUUCUAACGCUGUUAGAUUUCAGAAAAAAUUCAAACAUACAGCUCUGCUAUCACUUCCAACAUAAAUGAGCAUUAUGCCCAUGUAUUCUGUUUUGCUUCCUCCCUGUUGCCUCAUGUUUAAUUAGGUUCAGCUGCAUUGUUUGCAUGCCAGUUCGUAGCUUCCCUCAUUACCUUGCAUGUUAGUGUGUGGAUUCCUUUGUGCAUCGUUGGACACUCUCGACACCCACAUUCAUGGUACAUGUAGUGAAGGUACUAUAUACUGACAGAUGAAUGAAAUAAAUCAAUUUUAAUAGGAACAGCACAACCUCAGCCUCUCAUUUAUUGUAAUAAACUAUGGAAGCAUCACUGAUGACCUGCUUGUAUUCAAGAAGUACUUAAAGACAAUUUUCUCCCUCUAGUGGUCAUGUA